AUGACGUACAGUGAGGAGGCCAUCGUGGCUGGCCUGCCAAAAGUGAGUGGCAAUGAAGGUGGUGAGAUCAGGGAGAGGGCAGAGGCCCGGGUCAUGCGUAGCCCUGUGGGAUUUGGCGAGAACUCUAGGUUUCGUUUUGAGGGCAACUCUUUCCCUCCAGAGGUGAGGCCCUUCCUGGGUCAGCCCCAACAGAAGGGCUGGCUGAGCUGUCCCAGUCGGCAGGCUCUUCUGUCCAGGUUUGCUCUGGCCAACUCCAUCCCACAGCAUCAUCACCAGGACCAAGGUGGCCCAGAGUCGGUGACGAGUGGCAGCCGGAGCAUCUUGAUCCCUGGGCUCCAUGUGGGUGGAAGAACAGGGGAGAUAAAAUACUGGUGGGGAAGGAGGUUUGUGCGGAAGGAGGAUGUUUACGAGUAUUACCCUCAGGUUCCACCAGGACCAGCCAACCAUGGAGAGGGGAAACCACACACAAGCGCCUCUGAGUUCAUCCUCCUAGGGCUCUCCAGCCAGCCCGAGAGGCAGGAGCUGACCUUCGGGCUCUUCCUUGUCACGUACCUGGUCGGGGCAGCGGGGCACUUGCUCAUCAUCCUGGCCAUUGGCUCAGACUCCUACCUCCACACGCCCAAGGACUUCUUCCUCAGCAACCUCUCCCUGGUAGAUUUCUGCUUCAUCUCCGCCACAGUCCCCAAGAUGCUGGUGAACAUCCAGACACAGACUCAGUCCAUUUCCUAUGGCUGCUGCCUAGCCCAGAUCAACAUGGACAACUUCCUCCUGACGGCCAUGGCUUAUGACCUCUACACAGCGAUCUGCCAGCCCCUGCAGUACGCCACGAUGAUGAGUCUGCCAGCCUGGGCCCUGAUGCUGGGGAGCUCCCGGCGCCUCGCCAACUUCCACUCCCUGCUACACACCCUCCUCAUGGCCCGGCUGGAGUCCUGUGCCAGCAACGUCAUCCCUUACCCCUUCUGUGACCUUGCUCCCCUGCUCCAGCUCUCCUGCUCCAACACCCAACUCAACCAACUCAUGAUUCUGCCGGAGGGGGACCUGAGGGUCCUCAUCCCCUUCCUUGGCAUUCUCGUCUCCUACAUCCACAUUGUGUCUGCUGUGAUCCAGGUCCCAUCUGCCUGGGGCAAACCAAAGGCCUUUUCCACCUGCGGCUCCCACCUUGCUGUGGUCAUUCUCUUCUAUGGGACCAUCACAGGGGUCUACCUGAGUCCCUCAUCCUCCCAGGCAGCUGACAAGGAUUCUCUGGCUUCAGUAAUGUAGAUGGUGGUCACCCCCAUGCUGAAUCCCUUUAUCUACUGCCUGAGGAACAAGGACAUGAAGGGAGCUCUAAGGAAACUGGUCAACCUGAAGGCUUUAUCCCAUGGGCUGUGA